AUGAUCUCGAAACGACAGCCAUCAUCAUGGCUUCCUGCCGUCGCGUUACUUUCUUUCUUGACCUCCCUCGCAACAGCACUAAGCGGCCAGGAGCCCAUGAAGAGCGUGGAAGAAGCACGAGGGUACAAUCCCGGCGAGAUAAUCCCAGUCAGCUGUUUGAACAGGACCAUAGAUACUGGUGAACAUAUCACAGACGCAGCCGGUCACCUGCAAUACAUACCCUUCCCAACCUGCAACGAAACAGGCCAACCCCUCCACCUAAACUUCGGCGUCGAAAAAGACGUAAACUGCACCAUAGACUUUGUGACGGACGAGUUCUUCCACCUCCUCGAAUUCUACAUUCACAACGACGCGCCGCUAUCUUGCCGCAUCCCCUCGAAACCCUUGCCACCAUCCGUCAUGGAAACAGAAUACCGCGUAAGCGACGAGAGCACGCAGGAAGGCGCGCUAGGAACGCAAAGCACCAUGUACACACCACUGAUUAUAGCUCUGGCGGGGACGCUGCAGUUGAGCCAUUUGCAUGUGGGGAAUUAUUUGAAUCUGCUGGUCCAUGCGGGUCCGAAGAGUGUAGCGCCGGGCACGGUGGAUGCGGCGACUGCGUAUUCUGUCUCGAGUCAUACCAGGAAUACCAAGAUUACGAUUGGUGAUCCGUUGAGUUUGGCGUUUAGUGUGAGGUGGUAUCCGAGCACCACGCUGCCUCCCGGCUGGAGUGGAUAUGGCGGACAUAUCUACACUAGUACCUUGGUGUACUGUUUCUUGAGUGCUGUAGCGAGUGCGGCCGUGUGUGUCGUUUACUUCCGCGGUGUUGAAUUGCCGAGACGACUGAAGAGAUAUGCCACGGAUAGGAUGAAUGGUGGUGGUGGAAGAGGAUUUGGGAACGGAGGCAGUGGCUAUGGAUUGCCGGUCGCUAACGGGCGAGGAGGUGGUAUGGGGAGUGGCUACGGAUUAGGAGGGUAUGGAUAUGGCGGUGGGGGUAAGAGAGUUGAUUAA